GUUCGAUCCACGCCCGACCGGGUGAAAGUUUCGCGCACAUCAGUGCCCAAAUUUCAAAUCCGCUCCUAUCUGCCCCGACCAUUCUAGCAGUGGCCGACCCGCCGUGGCGCCGUCCAUCCGCUCAUGGAGAAAAUCUCCGUCGCCGUCCGCUUCCGCCCGCCCAAGCUUUCGGUCGACGCCAACGCCGACUCGUCCUCCUUCUCGGGCGGCGGCGCUGUCGGGAACCGCGAAUGGCGCAUCGACGACUCUCGAAUCUCCCUCCUCCACCGCGCCGUCCCCGUCACCGGCACCUCCUUCGUCUUCGACCACGUGUUCAACGAGGCGGUGACCAACGCGCGGAUCUACGACCUGCUCGUCCGCUCCCUCAUCCGUGCUGCCGUAGAUGGCUUCAACGGCACCGCCUUUGCCUACGGCCAGACCAGCAGUGGCAAGACGUUUACCAUGAACGGCUCCGAUGCCGACCCUGGGAUCAUCCCGCUCGCUGUUCGCGACAUCUUUGACACGGCGGCCAAGGCCGCAGACAGGGAGUUCCUGAUUAGGGUCUCGUACAUGGAGAUUUAUAAUGAGGAGAUCAAUGACCUGCUGACACUUGGGAGCGAGAAGCUGCCAAUUCAUGAGAGCCUUGAGCGUGGUGUGUAUGUGUCCGGUCUGCGGGAAGAAAUUGUUAACAAUGCUGAACAAGUGCUACAACUCCUUGAGCUUGGAGAAGCAAAUAGACAUUUCGGAGAAACAAACAUGAAUGUCCGGAGCAGCCGAUCCCAUACUAUUUUUCGGAUGGUAAUUGAAAGCAGUGCUAAGCACCAGAUGAACUCUGGAGAUGUAAUCCGUUUGUCUAUUUUGAACUUAGUUGAUUUAGCUGGGUCAGAAAGAAUCGCCAAGACAGGAGCUGACGGUGUGCGGCUUAAGGAAGGGAAGCAUAUUAAUAAGAGCUUGAUGAUUCUUGGUAAUGUCAUCAAUAAGUUGAGCGAGAACGGAAAGCAAAGAGGGCACAUCCCUUAUCGUGAUAGUAAGUUGACUCGCAUCCUCCAGUCUGCACUUGGAGGCAAUGCAAAGACAUCAAUCAUUUGCACGGCUGCACCUGAAGAGAUUCAUAUCGAGGAAACUAGAGGAACUCUUCAAUUUGCAAGUAGAGCAAAAUGUGUCAGCAAUUGUGCUCAAGUAAAUGAGAUUCUAACAGAUGCUGCUCUGCUGAAGAGGCAAAAACUGGAAAUAGAGGAACUUCGCAAAAAGAUGCAGGGUUCACAUUCUGAAGUCUUGGAGCAGCUUAUCCUAAAGCAACGCAAUGACAUGCAUAAGUCUGAACUCGAACGUGAUCGUCUAGCAAUGGAACUUGAAGAGGAAAGGAGGUUAAGGCUGACAUUAGAGCACCGGUUGGCAGAGCAAAAGAUGUCACAGAACCACAACAAUGCUGACAUAUCAGUAGAGCAAUUUGCUGAUUCUAGCCAGCUUGACACAUUGAAAACUCCAGAUUCUAAGCGGACACCAGAUGGAUUCGUUGCUAGCCGCUCACGCUAUUUGAAGGAUGCGGAGUUCAGCCCAAUACCUGAAAAUUUAGGUUUUGUGGCUGAUGAGAAUCUCUGGAUGCAAUUGAAUAAAGGAUGCAUCACUGAUCUUGAUAUGCUUGAAAUGAGAUCUGAUUAUAAAUGCCCUCCGUCCCUAGAAGAUACGACAACGAUUGUGCCAUUAGAGGAGCCUAUUGACGUGAGAUGCCAGAGGCUAGAAACUGCAUGCAGCUCCGAUAGGCAACAGCUCGAGGAUUCAAAAGGAAGAUGCACAACUCUCGAGAAGAAGCUUGAGCUGCUCAAGGAGGAAAAUUCAUCCUUGCGACAAGAACUCUGCAAGUCGAAGCACGACACAGAUCACGAGAAAGAGGUGCUGCUUAAGGAGCUGGAGACCGAGAGGUACAAGAUGGAGGAGCUCAAGCAAGAUAUCAGGCUCUUUAGCCAGGCCUUCUCACAGAGGCAGGGUCAGCUGACGUCCCUGUACACCAAAUCCAAGGCCGUCGUGGAGAAUUGCAAGGCCUCUCAGGUGGAAUUUCCCUGAUGAGAGCCUCAGCUGCUCUGGAAGUUUAUGCAUUUCUGCAACACUGCUUUACUGUAGAUUUCGUGGUGCUUGUAAUACAAGUGCGUGUCGUGUCUGCAGUGUGCUGGGCUUUCUAGUUCAGUCGUUACCACUAAGGAGAUGUUUGUUUCGGAGAUUUCUCUCCGGUACCUGUUUACGGUGUAAACAGAAAACAUUAGUCAUUUGGUUAAUGUACAUGGUAAUCGCCUACCACCAUUCCAGGCCA